AUGUCUGAGGUGCCAGUGAGCGAGAGUCCUGCAGCAGGCCUACAUGUGGAUGUCGAGGGCAGCUCCAGGAAGAGAACCUGGGGACUGUUAGUUACUGCUGGUGUUGGUGGGACCUUGGCUGUGCUGUACGCUGUGGUCACCCCCUUCGUGAUCCCGGCUUUGAGGAAAGUGUGCCUGCCCUUUGUUCCUGCAACUUCCACUCAGAUCCAGAAUGUGCUGAAAAUGUUAGAAAACAGAAGCGGCUCCCUAGUCGAUAUUGGUAGCGGGGAUGGCCGUGUUGUGAUAGCAGCUGCAAAAAGGGGAUUCAAAGCAGUCGGUUAUGAAUUAAAUCCCUGGCUAGUCUGGUACUCCAGAUAUCGUGCCUGGAGAGAUGGGGUACAUCAGAACACCAAAUUUUAUAUUUCUGACUUAUGGAAGGUUUCUUUUUCACAUUAUACAAAUGUUGUUGUUUUUGGGGUACCUCAAAUGAUGCCACAGUUGGAGAAGAAGCUAGAAGAAGAACUUGAAUGUAAUGCCAGAAUCAUUGCCUGCCGCUUUCCUUUCCCUUACUGGAUCCCAGAUCAUACUGCUGGAGAGGGAAUAGACACUGUGUGGGCCUAUGAUUUGAAACAUCCUAGAGGAUGCGUAACAAAAAGCUUGGAAAUUACACCAGAAACUGAAUCCUAA